AUGACGACCAUUAAACCCGCAGUGUGCUGGGGCUGGCUGAGAUGUGAACACUACAGUGGAAACAACUAACCAUAAUGGCGACUGCUGGUGGAGCAGCAGACCCUGGAUCAACAGCCCUGACAGGGACCAGUGGCAUCUUCAGAGGAGGUCCUUCAGAGAUGCCCGGCUCCUCAGGCACCACUCAGAGUAUGAAGAAGACCAUUGGCCACCGGGGCGUUGAGACCACCACCGGAGAGACCACCUACAAAAAGACGACGUCGUCCGCCCUCAAAGGUGCCAUUCAGUUGGGCAUCACUCACACGGUGGGCAGCUUGAGUCAGAAGGCCGAGAGGGACGUGCUCAUGCAGGAUUUUGUCGUCGUCGAAAGUAUCUUUUUCCCCAGCGAAGGCAGUAACCUGACUCCGGCUCAUCACUACAGCGAUUUCCGUUUUAAGACCUACGCUCCCAUCGCCUUCCGUUAUUUCCGAGAGCUGUUUGGCAUUCGGCCAGACGACUACCUGUAUUCUCUAUGUAACGAGCCACUGAUUGAGCUCUCCAACCCUGGAGCCAGCGGAUCGCUCUUCUACGUCUCCGGUGACGACGAGUUCAUCAUCAAAACUGUUCAGCACAAAGAGGCGGAGUUUCUCCAGAAGCUCCUUCCUGGAUACUUCAUGAACAUCAACCAAAACAAGCGGACAUUGCUGCCCAAGUUCUACGGACUUUAUUGCGUCCAGGCAGGCGGCAAGAAUAUUCGUAUCGUUGUUAUGAACAAUCUCCUACCCCGGAUAAUCCCCAUGCACCUCAAAUACGACAUGAAAGGAUCCACUUAUAAGAGACGGGCCUCACCUAAGGAGAGGGAAAAGGGCAAUCCCACGUACAAAGACCUGGAUUUUAUCCAGGAUUUGCCCGACGGCCUGCAGCUGGAAGCAGACAAUUACAACGCUCUUUGCAAGACAAUACAAAGGGACUGCCUGCUCUUGCAGAGUUUCAAAAUCAUGGACUACAGUCUGCUGAUGGGCAUUCACAACAUGGACCAGGCCAAUCGGGAGCGCGCCGGGGGCUUUUCCGGGGACAGCGGCGGGUCGGAGGGAGCGGUGACGCCAGAUCAGCGCCGGCCUCAAGCCCAGAAAAGUCUUUACUGUACCGCCAUGGAGUCCAUCCAAGGGGAGGCUCGGGGAAAGGGCGCUUUGGAUUCCGAAGACCACAUGGGAGGCAUUCCGGCUCGGAAUGGAAAAGGAGAGCGCUUACUCAUCUACAUCGGCAUCAUAGACAUCCUCCAGUCUUACAGAUUUGUUAAAAGGUUGGAACACUCCUGGAAGGCAUUGGUGCACGAUGGGGACACCGUUUCAGUUCACAGACCUGGCUUCUACGCAGAGCGCUUCCAACAGUUCAUGUGCAACACGGUGUUUAGGAAAAUUCCACUGAAGCCUUCCCCAUCUAAGAAGAGCCGCAGCGGAGGUCAAGCGGGUCUUAGGAGGGCUCCCACUUUGGGAGCUCCCACCCCACUCUCCCACGCUACGGGGCAGUCGGCCAUGGACCCCAGACUGGUUUAUCGCCCCCAUUUUAAAAGCACAGAGUCGGAAGGAGACGGCGUAGUUCAGGCAGGCAGACCGGAUCUGGUUCCCAGGACCCCGCCGCUGCAUGACAACCCCGCUGACUGCGAGGCCAACCUCUCCACCUCGUCUGUAGGCAGCUUAGAACUUGGUUCCUCUCCUCCUCUAAGGUCCGUCGGGGUGGAGGUGCACAAAUCAGCUCACACCGACAAUGAACCGGGUGCUUUUCACAGCUUCGAGGUGGACGGCAGCGGAGACAAUUCAGCCCACCUGUCCGGAAGUGAAGACGUAGUUUCAUUGUCUGACAUCAUCCCCGAGACUAACAUCAAUUUUUAAACAUUUUGACAAAGUGCCAUCCGAAGAGGACGCGUGCCUGAAGGUGGGCAGAGUGAAGGACGGCGAAAGCAGCCCAUCCACGUCAGACCCCCCCUGCACCCGUUUCCCCCCCAACACAUGCAAGGUUUGGCGGAUGAAUCUGCCUGGUGGAGGAAACGCUAAGACGGGCAGCUGUGUAUGUAGUCUUUCCCAGCCGCCAACACCCGUCCCAAAUCACCAAGAAUGAGGGUUAUGACCACAAUUAUGUCUUUGUAUCAAUUCAAUUUUUCUUUCUCCUCAUCUGAGAUUUGUGAGAGUAGUGAAAUGAGUCACUUUUUGAAGUGCGCGUGUGGGCACAGAUGGGAGCAGCACACACUGAAGUGAGUCUGAGUGGGAUCAGAGUUGCGUGACGCCAUUUAUUUUAGUCUUCCUCUUACAGCACAUCAUCUUCCACUCGGUACCGCUGGCGCUUUGAGCCGCCCCGUGUUCUUCCCCCCAAGCCCCUUAUCGGCAAAUAAGAGGCUACACCCCCCCCCCCCACUAAAAUCACGUUGUCUUAAAAUAAUGGAGCAUUUUCUUCAAGUAGUAGUAGAGGGAUGGAUGGAACCAGUGCUUGACGAUUAAGUAGGUUUUCAUGGAAAUGCUGGAAGCCGUUGCGGUGCUGCUGAAUGUAUACGUCCCCCCCUUUCUUUAUAGAAUGUGUCUUAUUAAAAUGGAAGAAUGCAUCUGGAUCAUGAUAAGUGCAGUUGGCAGCAAGCACAUGCGCUUCGAUGAAGUAUUAAGGCGACGGCGACGGCCAUUCUGCAGAUGUGGUCAUUUUGUCUGCCGUGUCUGUGCCUUUGUUUUUUUUUUUUCUUCUCUCAACUCUCUCAAUUUUUUGUCCCCUCAUCUGCCAUGUGAUUCACGACUGAUCAUUUCUUUUAACAGUAAACACAAACUUGCCUUAUCACUUCAACGGAAACCAUCCGGCUAUCAUUUGAGUGUCUCUUGUCUGCAUUUUCAAAAAUGUCGUCAUGUGAAAGAGUAUCAUGGCCACACUGAAAGAAAAAAAAAAAAAAAUCUUAAUUUUAAGUGAACGGCUGUGUAGAGUUUUGGAUGUGUGGAGUUUUGGUCGUCGAGUUGAAAUAAAGCAAAUAGACCUUUUUUUUUUUUUUUAUGGUUGAACAAGUGUUUAUGACAAAAAUCAUCCAAAUAGAGCAGAAUUGUUUGCAGUUUUUAACAAUGUUUCAUGCAAGGCAACCUUUACAUGUAAUAUGCUUUGUUUAUGUCUGACCAUUAUUGUAAACUUAAAUUCAGUCUUUUUACAUAAUGCAACUGUCCUCACAUUUUCUUUCUCCUAAUCAGUGUGGCCUUAAUACUUGCUUGUACCUUUUUGGUUAAGUGUUUGGAAGGAUCAGUGUGUCAAGGAGGAACUUUCACAAAUUGGAAUUGUACUUAAAAGUGUCUUCCAAGAAGCUGCCGUGUUGCAACUCCUGUCGAAAGUGACAACACACGUCGGCUUAGGGUUGCAUUAUUUGUUUUGCCCAAAAAUCUCCCCUUUUUUUUUUUUUUUUUUUUUUUUUUUUUUUUUUAACCUGCCUUUUCCUCCACCUCUGAGCUCAUAUAGUUUUACUCAUACAAACGAAAAUGUCACUAAUUCCCCACAGCUCAGCGGUUGGGAAUCUGCUUUUUCUUUUCUCGUUUAACAGACAAAUAAUAACGAAUGUCUGUUGUUGAUCAUUUCUGCUGGUUACAGAAAUGGCAACUUGCCUGAAUACACUCCUGGACCAAAAAUAAUGAACUCUUUGUACAACUGUGUGUUUUCAUAAAACUUUAGAUUUUUUUUUUUUUGCUUUAAUCAUGUGUAGUGUUUGUGUUGUUACUGUUUAAAACAACACGAUCACGUGACAGGCAGGGUCACACCCCCCCCCCCCCCAUUCCUUUUUACACCAGUGAGAGAUUUCCUCAUAGCAAGUGACUUGAGCAAGACGUCAUCCCAUCUACUGUAAUCUCAGCCACAUGUGCUCUAUGCAGCAGAGAAACCGAAGGGAGGGGAUGAUUAUCGACUGAAAAAAAAAAAAAAAGUUAGUUCAAAUGUGUGUUUUCUAAGCCAGGCAGUGCACCAAAGAGGAAUCGGAGCAACUCAAUUUGAAAAACUUCAUUAUUGAUUAGUGGUAAUGACACUGGUUUGACCUGUGUUUGAGAAUUUUGAAACUGGAUUGUUUUGUUUUGUUUCCAAAAUUGUUUAAUAUUUAAGAUAUAUCUGAUGUAUGUAUAUGUCCAGUGAUUUUUUUUUUAAUUUUAGUUUAGAGACUGGAGAUAUUUAGACCAACACAUUCCUGUGACAUUCUAGUAUAAUUUACUACGUUCGUGUUAGCGUGUAGUCUUUUAAGUAAUAUUUGUGGUGUUUAAGCAGAAAUGGAAAAGAUCCAUUUAAGGUUUUGCCAAGCUCAUAGGCUCCAUUUUGUUGCGUUGUAUUUUUGACGGUCGGUGCUGUGUAAUGGCUGGAAUGCAAUCUUUCUCCGCAUGACAUUGCUGCACAAGUGAAAUAUCCUCCUCUGGUGCUUUAACGUGGCGACACUACAUUUUGUUUUAGCGCGAAUGCAAUAUUAUGAACCACAAUCCGCCACCACUCACUAUACAGAGAAGUAUAUUUAUUUAAAGACUCGGCUUGAAAUGAACGAAAUUGUGUGAUUGUACUUGUCCAGAAGGAUUUCGCAAUCUUUUUACCUAUUAUAUAUACGGAGAGGGAGUACGUGACAACUUUUUCUAUUUCCGAUUGUGAUACGAUAAAUAGAAUUGUAUUCUCUCAUAACAAAUCUGGGUUGUUCAUUUGCUAUUUUUUUUUUUCUACAUGAAUGUUUCACAUGAGCCAAUAAUGCUGGUUGUCCAAUAUGCUUCACUGACUAUAUUUCUACAAAGUGUGUGUACAAACAAAAGUGUGUAUAAUGUAAAUAGAAGUCACUGAAAUGCCUUCUCAUGCAAUAUGUGCUGCCUGUUUGUCCUGCCAUGAUUCAGUUAUGUGGUGGUGAUGUUUUCAUGCAUUCAAAGGAUUAAACUCCAGUUUUGUAAAUCUUU